CAGAUAAACAGAAUUGCGUUAUUCUUUAAUAUUGCCACGACAUUCAUCUUUCAAAUGAACACAGUCAAAGAUAAAAAUGAGAAAUUUUCGGAAGAUCUUCGUUAUAUUUUUCGUGUGGAUGUCGGAUAUUUUCGCUAUCGGAAAUGAGCCACACUGUUCAAAAUUUCAUUAUGAAGAAAAAUUGUUGGAAAAGCUCGUUCGCAUGGAAUUCAACAUGGAACAGCGUGAAAAAGAACUCAAAGAAGGUUUUACAGAACUGAAUAGAAAACAGACAGAGGCCCAAGAAUCCAAUCAGCUUUUGCUCCAAGAACUAGAAAAGGAACUUACGACAAUACGGAAAGAAAAUAAAGAGCUCAAAGAGAAACUUGUAGAUGCUGUUUCUCAUAUCGAGCAACAGGGUAAUUCAUCCAACAAAGUUCUGUUCAAAGCCCGACAAUUGAAAGAUACGGGCGCACCGAACUCCGUAGGGACCUUAAUCUUCAAAGAAGUCCUUACAAAUGUUGGAGGAGGGUAUAACAACUCUACGGGUGUGUUUACCUGCCCUGCCGAUGGCGCGUUUCUUUUUACCAUCCACCUUUGUGUAUACACCAAAUACUGUAAUUACGCUAUCAUGAUUGAUGGCAUCAAACACACAAAAGGCUCAAUCAAAGAUGACGAUUGGGGAGACUGCAUAACCGCGGAGAGUAUCGCCAUCGUGAAAACGGGCAGUAAAGUAUGGGUUGAGAACUAUGGAGAUGCUGGAUUUUAUGACAAUGCAAUUAGUUUUAAUCAUUUCUCUGGUAUAAUGAUAUACAAUGGACAGUUCUGAGGUAAACUAGAAUUGCGUUAGUUUUUAUACGAUCGGAAAUGAGUGAAUGUGCAUGAUUUUGUCUGAAAUAGUAGUUAGUUCCGUUAUUUCUUUUAGUUUUCGGUGUUUCAAUGAUUUAACAAAUGUAUGCAACUGUGAAAUAGAGAGCAAUCAUUCAGGAA